AUGGCGGCACAGGCUGUCGCACCCCGCGUCGUCAGCACCGAGACCACGGGGCCGGUGGUGGCCGGCGUCGCCGUCGGCUUCCUCGUGGUCAACGUGACCUUCACGUCGCUCCGCCUCUUCACCCGCGCCACCAUCCUCAAGGCCGUCGGCAAGGACGACUGGGCCAUCCUGGCCGCCACUGCGCUGGCCAUCGUUUACUCGGUAGCGAUGCUUUUCGAGGUCAAGUACGGCAUGGGGAGACAUGCCGAGAACAUUACCCCAGACGAGACGCUGGAGCAGUUAAAGUUCCUCCUGCUUGGCAUCCUCAGCUACAACGCAGGGAUGAACGUCACGAAGCUGGGGUUCCUGUUCCAAUACAGGCGCAUCUUCCACAGCACAGCCCUGCGGACCGUUUGCUUCUGGUUUAUCCUUUACGUUUGCGUCUGGUCUGCCAUUCAGAGCACUUUCCUCCUCCUUUCAUGCCUCCCCUUUGCCGUUAUCGUUCCCACCAUGGCCGACAAAUGCCUCGCCACCCUUCCUAUUUGGUACUUUUCCUCCGCUAUGAGCACGGCAACCGACAUGCUUAUCUUCUGCAUCCCAUUGCAUUCCGUCUGGCACCUCCAGCUGCCGCUAAAGCAGAGGCUUAUGGUAUUGGGGAUUUUCGGGCUGGGUUUCUUCGUCUGCAUCAUCUCCGUCUACCGGAUCUCGACGCUCUACCGAUCCGUCGUCAGCCCGGACCCGUCGUGGGACAACAUCGACGCGGCUAUCUGGUCCUGCGUCGAGCUCGGCCUGUCCAUCAUGGCGUCCAACCUGCCCACCCUGCGCCCGCUGCUGUCGCGCCUGCGCCCGGGCCGGGGCUUCAGCAGCGGCGGCGGCGGCAGCGGCAGUAGCAACAGCUACGCGAGCUCGGCGCGGCGCGACGGCACGCACAAGUCCAGCCCGGGCAGGCCGCUCGCCGGCCGGCCCGGUAGCAUCGGCAACGAAGAGCUGGCCCUCCGCGACAUGGACCUCGAGCGCGGCGGCCCGACCGCCGGCACCUACGCGACCGCGUCGUCGGGUCCCCCGGGCGGGUUCGCGCAGGGCGAGCAGGAAAACCUGGGGCGCAUCGUCAAGACGACUGACAUCACGGUGAACUCUGGGAGUCGGUAGGGGAGAGGCUUAGGAGUUUUGGUUUUGAUUUCACGUUUCUUUUUCCCAUUUGGCGACUCAUUUCCUUUAUUGGGGAAUCCGCUAGGCGAUUAGGAGUGCCGCUACUUCCUUGGAGCAUGAACGAAAAUCAACGAACCUCGGAAAUCACGUAACAACCGUUUCCUCUUCCGGCCGGGCUUGGUCAGACGGCAGCUCCCACGUUGCAACGAAAUGCGAGACGAUUGAUUCCUGCCCCAUAGUGGCCAAUGUCUUUCCUGACUCCUGGCUCCAUAUUCGCCACCGACGAGCGCUAGCCCGUCCUCGGGCAACACGCAGGGCAUCCGUACUGCCAUCUUCUUUAUCUGCGAAAGGCCGACCGCCAUCACAAACGAUGUCGAGGCCUGGUACAAAGAUGCAAAGCUACAGCUUUGGUCUUAUCAUGUUCAAGCCUCGCAUCGCUAGUCAACGCGCCCAGACCAUGCCCAGCCGCUGGAAGAAGCUGAACAAGGAGCCCUUGGGUACGAAGCCGGCAUAGGUGGACUGCCACCAGGACGCGAACGAGUCUCCAGAUCUGUCAGCCCCAAACUCAUCCGUGCAGCAUAACACGUGGGGGGGGAAGAAGAAAGCAACUCACUGGCAACGGGUCCCAGCCGGGCGAAACCGAGCGCCUCCACCGCCCAGGGCGCCACGAGCACCAGCACGCCGAUGGCGACGAUGGUGGCGAAGCCGG